UUUCUGCCGGGCAGGGGGCCGGGUGGCGGCGCGGCGCCGCCUCAGCACCUCCCUGUCGCGGAGCCGAGGGGGGAGCGGCCCCCGAGCGCGGCGGGCGGGCACGGGCGGCAGCCGGAGGAGGAGGAAGCACUGUCAGUGGGGCCGUCCGUCUCCGCCCGGCGGGCAUCCUUCAGCACCGCCGGGCUGCGCUUCGCCUGUCCCAGGAGCUGCUGAAAUGGGUUGUGGAUUAAACAAACUAGAGAAGCAUGAUGAAAAACGGCCUGGAAAUAUCUAUUCAACUUUGAAGAGGCCCCAGGUAGAAACCAAGAUAGAUGUUUGCUAUGAAUAUCGAUUCCUGGACUUCACAACACUAAAUGACACUGAGCUGCCAGGAUCAUCUGCAAUCAAGCUCUCCUCCUUGCGUGAUCUUCCAGCUCAGCUGCAAGAAUUGUACCAGCAGGGCUUCAUCUUGGCUGCUGUCCACCCUUUCGUGCAACCAACUGAUGAAAAAGAGAAAACUCCCCAGGAACAAAUCUUCAGGGCUGUGCUUAUCAAGAAAACAGAAAGGUCUUCAAAAGGUGACAUCCAUAGUGAAGGAUAUGUCUUGGAGGUAGAGCACUGCUCCUAUUUGAACCAACUUUCAGACAAAAAGGAGAUAACUGAUUUUAUUAAGAAAAUUCAAGAUGCUGCAAGUCAAGGCUUGAAAUUUGUUGGAAUUAUACCUCAGUACCAUUCCCAAAAGAACUGUCUUGUCAGCACCUCCGUGACACCCACCAGCAACAACUCUGUGCAAUCAAGAGAUAAUAAAAACGUUUCAAAUUACCCUGAGGAUCAUGCUUCACUGGAUGGUGAGAAAAUUGAUGGCAUUAAUGGAUGCAAUACUCCAGCACCAAGUGAGGAAAAUGAUGACCAAUGUGCCACAUCCAGGGAGGGUUGGAGAGGUGAAGGGCAGGAUGCUGAAGAGCUGAAACUCAAGUCUCCAAAGGGAAAUGAAGAACAGUUGCCACAUAUGAACCCAAGUGUAACAGGAGCAACAGACAAGCUGAAUGGACUUGCAGAGAACGAAACACCAGCACGAGACUUAAAACCACUUAGUGGCCAAGCAGAGAUCUUCGCUCUCUUCAACAAGCCAAAAUCCCCACAAAGAUGCAGCCAGUAUUAUACAGUGACUAUCCCUAUGAAGAUCUCCAGGAAUGGGCAGACUGUCAACAGCUUAGAAGCAAAUUGGCUGGAGCACAUGACAGAUCACUUCAGGAAAGGAGGCUCAUUGGUAAAUGCCAUCUUCAGCCUUGGAAUGGUAAAUGAUUCUUUACAUGGGACAAUGGACGGAAUAUUUCUCUUUGAAGAUGUUGCUGUGGAAGACAGUAAAACCAUGCAGAGCUAUGAUGCAAUUGUUGUAGAGCAGUGGACUGUCCUGAAGGGAGUCGAAGUGCAGACAGAUUACGUCCCGCUGCUGAAUUCCCUUGCCGUGUAUGGCUGGCAGGUGACCUGCGUCCUCCCCACGCCCAUUGUGAAGACAAACAGGGAGGGGAAUUUAUCUACAAAGCAAAUUGUAUUUCUUCAGAGACCUUCUUUGCCCCAGAAAGCAAAGAAGAAAGAAUCUAAGUUUCACUGGAGGUUCUCCAAAGACAACAUGCACAGCAAACAAAUGAAGAAUUCUGCAAAGGCUAAACUAAGUACUAGGGAGAAGCAAAUGGCAGAGGAGAAGCAGGAAUUUGAAGUCAUAGAGAACACAAGAAACUUGGAAGCACAAAUCCCAACAGCAACCAAGCCUGAUCCAGAGCAGCAGCUGGACGAGGUCAUAGACUUGGGAGAUGAGGCAGCUGAGACUGAUGGCACAGGUACCCUCCAGGAUGGGGCGUCAGAAGAAGCGUGUCCCGCCGGCUGUGCCACCAGUGAUGGUGCCAGCCAGGGCGCGGGCGUGGGUGGCUGCGGUGCGGGGCAGGCCGCAGAGCACGGGGACGCCGCGCCGCUGUCAGACGGCGGCAGCGAUGCGGCAGGGCAGGAUCUGGACGGCUCCUGCGAGUAGGACCUGCGCUUCAGGAGUCCUGUGAGUUGCUUGUCCAAGACAAAAGAAGAGAUUUUGCUAACCGCCAUUGCUAACUCCAUUGCUCAAUUCAGCGUUUCUUUGGCAUUGUACUUACUUUGCUCCUUAGCACACCGGCAUCUUGAUGUUUUAAGUAGCUACAGGGCCUGGGCUUUUUAAGCCACAGAAAUGACUUGCAAAACCAUCCCCUGCGCAGAGUGGGAAAUGCCCUACGCUAUCUCCUACAGCUACUCUUGAAAUUCGAAAGUAGGGACUGGACACGUACUCGGGUUUUCCUGUGACCGACCCUGGCAAACUAGGUUUGUGCUUGGGCCAUGGCAAACGUUCCACUUGGUCAUAUUUUACUCUGUAAUACUUUCUUGUCCACAUAUCUUUGCUGGAGAAGUUACUGUGCCAUAUGUUAUUUUGCCAUUAAGCUUAUAGUGUCAUGAAAAUGGUAUUUGGGCUUGAACAGGCUGAAAUUGGAAAGCUUAAAUAAGAUGGCUGUUAUCUGUGUUAAUCUCAAAUAGCAUGCUUACUCGUGAUACUCUCUUCCAGAAUUUUAUUAAAUACUGCAGAUCUUCAAGCAGUAAGCAAAUCAUGUACCUAUUGCAGGCACACUGGGUAACCAAACCCCAGGGGAAGUUGGUGUGAGGCAGGCGAUUCCAAUGUAAAAUGCAAUUUCCGAGAGACUCGCGUCUCUGUUCUCUCUUUGCCACCCAGCAGUUCAUCAGUAGUUGUGGGGUCUUCAGAAGACAGAAAAUCAGGAAACAGAAAAGUACAGGUAAAAUGUGCUUAAUUCUUUCAGUGGCCAUCUUCACUAAAAUUGGAAUCAGAGGUCACCUCCCGAGCCAGGUGAUUUUCCACCACUUCCUCUCUGAUACAAAAUAUGUUGUGAGAAGGAACUGAAAUUGUAGACAAAUAGCAGGGGCCAGUGGCAAACAGAUGUCACUAAAUACCUUCACAGAGGGGCUUUUUUAUACAAGCAACCAUGUUUUGGGACUGAUACCUAACAGAAUUCUGUAAAACUACCAACAUUAAGAUGUUUGGAGUUACGUUAAAAUAUUUACAAGUGAAUGUACAUGUAUCAUACAGUUUCUGUGCCAAUGUUCUCCCCGUACUUUGGUGUUCUCAAAAAAUGUAGGAAGUAGUUGUUUCUCUCUUCUUAACCACCUUCAUCCCUAUUUAGAAGUGGUCAGGUAAUGUGGUAGGAAGGUGAGAAAUAUAUUCUACGUUCCCCUGAUUUUGUGAGUUUUUUGAAGCAAGAGCUCUAAGUGAUUUGCUGUUUUUUUCCCUCGACUGAUUUGUGCCUGGUGAUUUUCUUUAGUCUUCAAACCAAAAUGCUGUACAAGGAACUGUGUUCUGUACCAAAUGCACACCCAAAGCAGUUCAAAAGCAUCUUCCACACCUAAAAAUUACACAGUUGGCAGAACAUGGCAGAGAAAGGAAAAAUCAUACCAUUUUCAAUAUUCAUCUAAUUGGGAUAAGGGCACUCAAGUUGAAACCACUCCAUUUCACACACACAAAGCAUGGGGGUGGUAUUUAUGUCAUUGAUUAAAGAGCUUUUAAUUUAGAGUUCACUGGUUUAACCACAGGACUGUAAGCAACUUCAAUUUCUGGGAGUAUUUUUCUAUUGUUUUAUCCUGUUCCUUGAGAUUAGGCUGCAGUUCCAAGAGCCUCAAAAACACAUUGUUUCAGUUGUUCUACUUCAGUACAAGAUUUCUGCUCUGUACAGUUUUAAGUACCUGUCUGCAAAUUUUAUUAGCGUAAGAUCCUUCUACCCAUGGUUUCUAUUUCAAGGAGUAGCUUUGUAUUAAUCUUGUUUAAAAAAUCACUAUAUUUAAUGACAUUUUACUAGUAGAAAGUGUUGCAGUAGAAAGAACUCUCCAAAUACUUUUUAAAUAGAAAACAUUUCUUGGAUUGCAAUUUGAUCUUGUUGAACUGGAUCCCAAAAAGAGAAAUAAAAGUCAUGAGGAGAU